UCGCCGUCUGCCCAUUUGCUUAUUCUCCCCAGGCCCCCCCAAACUCAUCAAACGCUCAAAAAACAUCGGGACCCUCUUCGUCAACCUGCCAUCCGACUCUUCGUUUCUCUUUCCCGAAGGUCCACAGACCACAUAGCUUAUCUUUGCGGAUCCCAACGUGUACUGGUGCUUGAGAGGUCGACAUUCUGGAUUGCAUUUGGUCCCUUCAGUAGAGCAAAACCCUGUAAUGUCGUCAUGGCUUUACAAACCGCAACAGUACGCUCAAAUCAACAGCGGGGAUGAGGCUGGCGAGGAGACACAGACAAGAGAGUCGCGGCUGGGAAGAUACUGGCGGUGUAGCAAGAUUCAUUUAUUCUACGCGAUCCUCCUCAUCGCGGUAGCUGCCGUCAGCAGACACACUUCUCCGGGCAGCGCGCAACAAGAAUAUUAUGGAGAUGAGCCGGUCAAGACAGAACUUCGCUUAUCAACUGUACCCAGAACCUUUGAGCUGGACCUGGACUAUGCCAUGCCCCCUUCUGUUAAGGUCGAUGAAGCGUGGGCGUCUAUCUUUCCCAAAGAAGGCGGCUUCUUUCAACAUCCAAAGCUGGCUCCCCAGAAGAGCUGCAUGGCUGUUUUCCACCAACUCCACUGCCUCGACAUGAUCCGACAGGCCCUAUACGAGGCACGACCCGACUUCACAAACCAAGCUUACAACGCCUCUCGUCCGGCAGACCCUCGCCCGGAGCAUGAUGCGGCACAUGACCAUAACCACUCCCACGACAUGUAUCACAUCGGCCACUGCUUUGAUCUCGUUCGUCAGUCGAUCAUGUGCAAACCCGACCUGACGAUCGAAGUAGGGGAUCCUGCGGUCAGCGGCGUGACGGGGUUUGGCACGGAGCACCAGUGCGUCAAUUGGCAACAGUUGAUGGACUGGAUGAGGGAUAAUGAACGAAGUUCGUUCUAUUGAUGAGCGGUUUGGGAAGUCCGCUCAGCAGGUAUGGGUGCGAAAAGCGCUAAACGUGAAGCUUGAAAUCUCGCUACAGACCCUGGAUAGAUAGUCGGAGUCGCCAUGUGUCAACAUCCUCACUAUCGAUGGCGAGAUGGAUUCGGCACAGUGAUAUGUACUCGUCAUGGGCUCAGUCAAAUCCCGCUCUAUUGAUUAAUUGAAUUUCAC